GUUGCUGUUGCUGUUGUCGCUGUCAUUGUCCCUGUUGACAUCAUUCCUCCGUCGUGCGAUUCCAUGGGUUUGCAAUCCUCAUCCUCCCAUCCUCGCUUUCCUCUCUUUUCCUUUCCUUCCCUCUUUAUUUUUCUCUUUUAUUUUGUUCUUCCUUUGCUAUCACACCUCGUCUUCUCACACCUUAUACUUCACCAGGGCAGGACUUUACUUUACUCAGGAACUAUCAUGCUCUUUGGACAUCGUCACACCCUCAGGGGUGUCGUCAGGGGCCUCACCCUGCUCACUGUCGUGGGCCCGCUUCUCUUUGCACCCGCGCCUGUCCGUGCCGAGCCUGACCCCAUCAUCGAAACCUGCGCCAUCAGCGGAUGCAGCACCGUCUCAACCCUUCUGGCGCCCUGCGGGGGCGGUGCCACCAAUGCUUCGCUCCAGCAGAACUAUCUCUACACAGUGACUCCUGUGCUCGGUUCAUGCGAAUGCAACGUGCAGUUCUACAACGCUUUCUCGCUCUGUCUUUCCUGCAUCGCCUCGCAGGGCAAGUCCAGCCCUCGGAUCGACAACCAGCAAGCUUGGGUCGCUAACUGCAAGACCUACGGCUUCAAUUACACGGACGCGCCCAUCAACUACACGGCGCCGGUCACAGGAGGCAAUGAUCCAAGCGGUGGAGGACUCAGCAAGGGCGGCAUCGCUGGUAUUGUGAUUGCAAUUCUCGCGAUCGCGGGUCUAGUGGGCGCCUUCUUCUUCCUUAAGUCCCGACAGAGACGAACCAAGGGCAGCAUCUUCCAACGUCCCUAUACCUCUGCCAACUCCGGUAGCUAUUCACCCACAGCUACGCAGCCAGCAUUCAACGCCUACAGCAAUUACAAUAACGCUGGCUAUCCAGACUCAAACGAUCCGUACACAGACCAGGACCAAUCCUACUAUCAAAACCAGCAGCAGCACUAUGGCUCAGGCCAGAACGACGAUGCCAUGAUGAUGAACAACUUGCAGCACAGCAGCUACAUCCCUCCACCCGUGCCCAUGUCUGCGGCAGCAGUUGCGGCGGUUGGCGAGGUCGCUUCGCCAAGACCCACGGAUUCGUUCCCACAGAGCCUCCGGAACAAGAACAAUGAUUGGCAAGGGCGUCAAAACGAGUAUGCCACGGACCUUGUCUCGUCAGAUCAACUGCUUCAUAACGACAAGGCCGUGUAUGACGAGGGCGAAGACCUGGAGCCGCCACGAUCCAGGGACCGCUUUGUCAACGACAGGGACGACUUUACUUCUCGCCGCUCCUUGACACCGCCACGCGCCAACAUGCAGUCCUAUCGUGAUGAGUUUGCCCGCCCUAAUUUCGACCCCGAGCCGCGUCGUAACAGUGGCUCUGAACGAGGCUCUGUCUCUGGUCUGAACCUGGCCCGAGGAGGAUACGACAGCAAUGACGAGGACGGACGUGACGGCAUCCAUGAGAGCCCCGAGAGUGCUCGCCGUCGUCGAGCUGCGGAACUCUUUUCUGCUGAGGGUACAAGACAUUAGGUCAUUCAUCCUUGAUGAUCCUUUUAAUUUUUCUUCCCUAUCCACAUUGUACCAUUUCUCCAUCACCCCCAUAUAUCUGUCUAUGACAAUCAUUUGUACGCUGCAUAAUCCGUUGCCUAUUAUAUAUUUUGUAUGAAUAAAAGCGCUACUACCAUCUA